AGUAUCAGUACAAACAGUUAGAUUAAACACAACAAACUAAACCGAAGUUCAAACAUUGAUAAUUUGAUAUUACACUUAUAAGAAUAGAAUUUAAUUAUGCAUAUUAUUGGAAUUUAUUUUGAGUUGUAGCUCAAUGACAAACAAUCAAUACAUUAUUAUCGCAACUCUAUAAAGUUUUCAAGUUAGUAGUUUUGAUAUUUCGAAGAUGGAAUAAAUCUUAAGCUCCAAUAUGAGAACCGUACCGAAGUGGGUUAAUAAAAUCCACGAAGCUGAUAAAAUCGAUUGCUCCAGUGUACAAACAAUAUGCUUUAGUCCUGAUGGUACACAACUGGUAGUUGGUGCUGGUGAGAAAAUAAUGGUGUAUGACCCUAAGGAAGGGGCACUUGUUCAAUUACUUCAAGCCCACAAAGGACCAGUACAUUCAGUGGAUUACUGCAGCGAUGGUAAAAAAUUUGCUAGUGGUGGUGCAGAUAAAAAUGUAAUCAUUUGGAAUUCAAAAAUGGAGGGCAUCCUCAAAUAUUCCCAUAGUGAAGUGAUUCAAUGUCUGGCAUAUAAUCCAGUGACAUACCACUUAGCAUCAUGUGCAUUGUCCGAUUUUGCUUUCUGGUCUGCUGAUGUUAAGGCAGUUCAAAAAGUAAAAGUAUCAGGGAGAAUUACAUGCUGUGCCUGGUCAUUAAAUGGACAGUAUUUAGCUAUAGGCAUGGCAAGUGGAAAAGUUUCUUUAAGGGAUAAAGCUGGAGAUGAGUUUCAAAGAAUAGAACGAGAUGCUGCUGUUUGGUCUCUAGCAUUCUCUAAACAUACACUUGUGGUUGCAGACUGGACAGAUACAUUGUCAUUUUAUGAUAUGCUCGGCCAACAAGUUGCUAAGGAGAGAAAUAUAGGUAUAUCAGCGUUGUCCAUGAAAGUAGUGGAAUCAUUGAUAUUAGUUGGGGGCAUUGGUGGUUGGGCAGUCCUGACCGCGGAGGGCAUAUCUGUGGUGACGACAGACCAUGAAUGGGUUUGGUCAAUAACACCGUCACCAACGUUCAAUACUUUGGCUCUAGCUUGUCAAGAUGGCAGUCUAUGGUGCUACCAAGUUGUAUUGAACACUGUACAUGGUCUGUACCGAGAUAAAUAUGCGUAUAGAGAAAACAUGACCGACGUUUUAAUACAACACCUUACAUCUGGGAAUAAAGUGAGAAUUAAAUGUCAUGAUAAAGUACAGAAGAUAGCGAUAUAUAAACAUAGACUAGCAGUGCAAUUACCAGAGAGAGUAUUGAUUUAUGAGCAAACUGGUCCAGACGGGAUGAUGUAUCGUGUGAAAGAAAAACUUAUGCAGAAGGCUGAAUGUUCGUUACUAGUUGCUACCAGUGAAGCACUAUUAAUUUGUCAGGACACAAAAUUGACGAUGGUCGGGGUCAAUAUACCAAAGUCUUGGGAGUUACCAACACCAAUUCGUUACGUUAAAGUAACUACUUUAUGUUUCCAAGAAGUAUUACUUUUAGGUCUUCUAAAUGGCGAAAUAUGGCAAGUUGAAGUCAGUACGGGCAACUCCGACGUGUUGUUGACAACUCCGGCGUGUGUACGAUGCCUAGACAUUAACGUUUCGAGGACGAGAUUGGCUGUUGUAGACGAAAUUUCCGUUUGUCGAGUGUAUUCAUUGCCCUCAGCUGAACUACUGUAUGUUGAGGAAAAUAUAUCAUCUGUGUCAUGGAAUUUAUGGUUUGAUGAUUUGCUAUGUUUGUCUGGCGGUGAUCUGCUUUCGAUAAAAGCUGGAAACUUUCCGGCUGCCACACAACCUCUUAAUGGCUCCGUUGUGGGCUUCCAGGGAGGACGUGUCUUCUGUCUCCAAUCAAAUGCGAUGCAGUCCAUCAAUGUGCCAUUGUCUCACGCCGUUCAUCAGUACGUCCAACAGAAGAUGUUCAAUGAAGCAUAUGCCGUGGCAUGUCUCGGGAUAACAGCAUCAGAUUGGGAGCGACUUGGAUAUGCUGCUUUAGAAGAGUUAGCAUUCGAAGUUGCUCGGAAAGCCUUUCAAAGAAGCGAGAAUAUUGUUUUUUUAAACCUUAUAGACCAAUUACAGGAACGUCUAGAUAAUGGCGAGAGUAAAGCAGUAAUUUCUGGAGAUGUAUUAGCAUAUAGAGGAAGAUAUGCUGAAGCGGCAAGAUCUUAUCAAAGCUUGGCACGAGGUGAGAAAGCCCUCGAUAUGUACGUCGAUCUACGUAUGUUUGGAAAAGCACAGGAGUUUGUCAGCGAAGGUGAAAGUUUGACGGCGUUGACACGUAGACGUGCGGAAUGGGCGCGUCGUGUCAACGAACCACGUGCCGCGGCUGAGAUGUAUCUCGCCGCGGGUGACGUACGGAACGCGGUGGCCAUUUUGGCAGAGAGCGGGAAACGGGAUAUGCUUAUAGAAUUGGCUCGUAAAAUGGACAAGGGCUCGAGUGAGUCCCUUCGGUAUUUAGCUGAAGCGUUGGUGACUACGGGCGAAUAUGCGACCGCUGCAGAUGUGUACCAGCGCCUUGGAGAUUAUAGGAGAGUGGCGCAAUUGGUCGUGAACGCUUGCGAAUGGCCGCGCGCGUUCGAACUUGCACGCGAACACCCAGAAUGCAAGGGAGAUGUCUACAUACCUUAUGCGCAUCAAAUGGUUCAGGAAAAUAAAUUUGUUGAAGCUCAAAGAGCAUAUUAUAUGGCGGGCGAAACUCAGACGGCAAUACGUGUUCUCAACGUGCUCGUACGAAACGCAGCGAUGGAAGAGAGAUUUAGCGAUGCAGGGUUUUUGCAUUACUCGCUCACGGCUCAAAUAUUGGAGAUAGCUGAUGACAGGGAUCGCAGUACACUGAUGCAUCAGUAUACGCACAAUGACCGGUUAGCUCGUAUGUAUCACGCGUACGACAACGUACACCGAUGCGUUCACGAGCCGUUCUCUCUCAGCCAACCAGACGCAUUACUGAAUGCAGCGAGAUAUGUACUCGCAUUAUUAGACGGAGAACCACCGCCUGGAAUUUCUAUGUUCUGCCUCUACCUCUGUAUGGCGAAACAGGCAAAAGUGUUGAAUGCAAACUUAUUGGCUCGAAAUAUGUUGGAUAAAAUUUUAGGCUUACAAAUUCCACAAAAGUUUCAGGAAAGUGUAGAACUCCUGAUGUUGAAAAGUGGCGGUUUAGUUGCAAGUGAAAGCCCCGAAGAGGAAGUCGCACCUUUGUGUUGGCGUUGCCGCAGACAUACUCCGAUGUUUGCCACUCAUUGUCCGAGAUGCAACCACGCCAUGGCACAUUCAUUGGCUACUCAUGAGGUUCUGCCCUUAGUACAGUUUGUACCAGCUGAGGGUAUUACAUAUGAAGAGGCCAUGGACUUGAUAGAUCGAAUACUUUUACCGGAAGAGAAAUGCGAUGAUGGGGCGGAGAUACUUAAAAUUAACCCCGAAAUUGAUUCGUCAGAUCCAUUCCUGGAUAAGACCGACGAGGAUGAUGACAGCGCAGUUGUAGUUUGCUGUCGAAAGGCCUUGCUCCAACUGAAUCCUUCUGCUGUGGUGGUCGUGAAGAAAAACGGGCUUUCCCCUGUUUUCUAUAGAAAUAUGCUACCCGAGUUGCCUGUCACAACAUGCGAUUACUGCCAGAAUUUAUAUUACAUGGAAGACUUCGAGAUACAGCUCAUAAAUAAGGGGCAUUGUGGGUUCUGUAGACGUCCCACUGAUGAGGAUAAAAAUCAGGACAAUAUACAUGACAGUUCUAAUAACGACUCCGACGUAUCUACUCCUACCAGCCCCAGCAAUGAACAUGGAUCGUGGAGAUAAUUUAGCGGCUUCUGCCAUGAUUUUUUUAUUGUAAUUUUAGAAUAUAUUUAUCCAGCAACUGUUUCUUUGAUUGUUUUUCACUUAUCGUACUUUGCCUGACACCUAUUUUAAAUGUAAGGGUUUGUCUUUGCACAUUUUUGACCUUAGGUAGAUAUUUUGGGUAAAAAUUCAAUAUUGUGACAGAUGGAAGUUAAUUAAUUUAUAAUUGUAACUAUUCUGACAUCGGGUAACCAGAAGUUUCAGCUAGAAACAGAUAUUUCGCCGAACCCAGAACCCUUUCGUUUACCAAGCAAGCAUUUGAUAAACAGCAUAUUUCUAUGCUCAGCUGGUUUGAAAAGCUGGAAAAUGUUAUUUCAUAAAACAUGUAACCCCUAUUUGUAAACGUAUUAUACGCCAUAUAUAACUAUAGAAUGUUUCCUUAUCAUUCUAAUGUAAACAAAAGGAAUUUGCCAUAGUUGAUAUUUGCAAUAUUCUGCAGGUCUACAAGAAUACUAAUUGUGUACUUUGUUUUUCUGUGUGUUGGCUUAUAGUACAUAUUUGUAUAAUUCGCUCUUGUCCCAACUAUUUGAUACAGUAGAUUUAAUGUGCACUGUCAAUAAAUUUUGCGUCACAUUGUGUAAUUUAAUAUUGAGUACAAAAAUUUUCGAUGUUUUUAAUGUGUCCACUCGAUACCUACAAACCCGGAAUCUGUACGAUGACUUCAAACGCAGUAAUAUUCCGCGAGAUGUUCUCGGCCUAAGCCAGUAGGGCCUUUGGGCCUGUCAGUCAAUGGUUAAACGGUCGAGGAUCCAUUUUAGGGUCGGAAAAAACGUACAAUAUCUUUCUCCACUACUGAAUAUAUAUAUAAUCUAUAAUACGACGAAAAUACCUCGUUUAUAAGAAAUAAAAUGUUUUAUUAUAAACUUAAAGAGAAGUCAGAAAGAUGUUAUCCAUUUUAUAUUAACACGACAUUUACAUGACGACGACGACGUCAGAAAAAGUGCUACCUUAAUUGAAUAAAAUGCAUUUAUUUAUUUCCUUAUUUUCUAUUCUUACAGUAACUUAAUACUAAUACAAAAGAUAACGUAUUAAUAUAAAAAUUAAGCUUAGAACAUAAUACCUAUGUAUAAACAAAACAAGAAAACAUAAAACCUAAACCUUUUUAUAACUCCAUAAUAAAUAAUGCAAUUCUUGUGCUUUCAACCUGUGUGCAAUUAAAUGUGCCUUCAGGUCAAUCUUUGCUUUUGGUUUAAGUUCAAAUAGGUUUAAGUUCAAGCGAGCUCACCGUAGGAAGUUGUACUAAGCUUUUUAAAUAAAUUAUUUAAUCAUUCAAGUAUUCUGUAGUAAUCUAUAGAUACUAUUACAAAAAAGAAAUAUUAAAGAGAGAUAAAAAAAUUAAAAGUUACUGAGGUAUCUAUUUCCGAGAUAAAUGCCCGGCCCUGCGAAACCGGAACAGGUAGCUAGUACAUUAGAACGCAGUAGGUACUACAAAUAUAAAAUAAAAAGAUUUGGUCUUAACUCGAACACGAGGUAUCCUCUGUCUUUGUUUAGAAAUGUUAUAUAUACAUGCUUAUUGCAUUAUCUAUAACUCUAAAUAUAUAGAACACCAAACUCGUUUUUCAAACUUUUUUUUAUUGUCAAUGUGAACUGUUGAACAUUUUUUCGUUUUUUUUAAGUACAAUUGAUAGAGAUUUUCAAAAAAAACAAACUCCUAUUUUUGUAUAAAAUUAGUGUUAAUUUAGACGUUAACUUUAUCUGUAUGUUUGCUAUAAAGAUCCGUCCCAUCGAAUAAAAUUCAAAACAACUUU